AUGACGGCCAAAAAUCAAGAAGCUUCCAUCAAGAACAUGGAAAGACAAAUAGGCCAGCUCUCUAAACAUUUUGCAACUGAAAGGCCAUCAAGUUCUCUGCCAAGUGACACAAUCCCAAAUCCUAAGGAAGAAUGUAAGGUGAUACAGUUAAGGAGUGGGAGAACAUUGGUAAGCAACAAUGACACUACGAGGAAACAAGUGGAGAGCAGCAAAAAGCCAACAAAUGCAGAAGAAGCCAAUGAUCAAAAUAUGGUGCCAAACAAGAACACAGAGAACUCCAAAGGAGAAGAAGACCAGCCAAUCAGUACACAAAAGAAAGAAGAAGAAGCAAUUCAAGGACAACAGAAAAAGGAGAAGGACCUCAACCCUCCACUGCCAUAUCCACAGAGGUUCAACAAAGAAACCAAAGAUCAACACUUCCGCAAAUUCCUGGAAACUUUCAAGAAGUUGGAAAUCAACAUUCCCCUGGCUGAGGCAUUGGAACAGAUGCCCUUAUAUGCCAAGUUCUUGAAGGAACUCAUCAACAAGAAAAGAAGCUGGUUGGAGAAGGAGACUAUACUCCUCAUUGAAGAAUGUAGCGCGGUACUUCAAAAAGGGAUUCCACCAAAGCUCAAAGACCCAGGAAGUUUUGUAGUCGCCUGUACCAUAGGCAACAUGACACUAGACAAGGCCCUCUGUGAUCUUGGAGCCAGUAUCAACCUGAUGCCCUUGUCUAUGAUGAGGAAGCUUGCUAUAGAAGAACUCAAACCCACCAGGAUGUCACUAGUCAUGGCUGAUAGAUCAAUUAAGACACCCAACGGAAUUGUGGAAAAUCUGUUAGUAAAGAUUGGGGAGUUUAUUUUCCCCGCAGAUUUUCUUAUGGUGGACACUUUGGCCCAGAAAGAACAGCUGCAAAGAUACUGCAGAGUGGCUUCUAUUGGCCAACUAUCUUCAAGGAUGCCAGGGAGUAUGUUCACCAUCUUCAAAGAUGCUAGAGAAUUUGUCCAUCAGUGCAACGAAUGCCAGAGAACAGGAGGCUUGACGAGAAGGAAUGAGAUGCCUCAAAACUUCGUCCUGGAAGUGGAAUUAUUUGAUUUAUGGGGAAUUGAUUUCAUGGGACCCUUUCCCCCUUCCUAUUCUUUCAGAUAUAUUUUAGUGGCAGUAGAAUACGUCUCAAAGUGGGUGGAAGCUAUAGCCACAACCACAUGUGAUGCACAGAUUGUCCUUCAAUUCCUUAAGAAGCACAUCUUUACUAGAUAUGGAGUGCCCAAGGGUCUUGUUAGUGAUGGUGGUAGUCAUUUUUGUAACAAGCAGAUGGAGAAACUCCUUCACAAAUAUGGAGUGAUUCAUAAAGUAGCCACGCCAUAUCACCCCCAGACCAAUGGACAGACUGAGUUAGCAAAUCGGGAACUGAAGAAGAUUUUAGAAAAGAUAGUAGGAAGUUCAAGAAAAGAUUGGGCUCGGAAGCUAGAGGAUGCACUCUGGGCAUACAGGACAGCUUUCAAAACUCCCAUUGGGAAGUCACCUUUUCAGCUACUAUAUGGCAAAUCAUGUCACCUACCUGUGGAGCUUGAACACAAAGCUUUUUGGGCUACUAAACUCCUAAACCUUGACUCUGAAGCAGCAGGUGAGAAAAUGUUGUUGCAGUUAAAUGAGCUGGAUGAAUUUAGAUUAGAAGCAUAUGAAAGCGCCAAAAUAUACAAGGAAAAAGCCAAGAGGAGUAUUGAAUUGCUUGAUGAAGUAACAAAGAGUCAAUUCACAGCAAAUGGUCACAGAGCAAAGCUGUACUUAGGAGGACAUUGGGACAAGGAAAAGGAGGUUCAGAGCUUACAACCUCCCUGA